AUGAGCGACGAUCCGACAGAGGCCCUCAAAGAUGCCAAGAAGUCUUCCAAGGUCGCCGUCAACCCCAAAUACACGGUCACCAAGCACGGAAUGCUCAACAUCGCCGAAGUGUGCGCGGCAGUGGCAUCGGUCGUCUGCGUGCUACUGUCUGGCACCGAGCAUACGGCGUCGCGGGUGACACUGAUGGUGUCGUUCGCCUUCGCCUACGUGUCCUCGGUAAUGCUGCUGGGAGGCAUCUCAUCGCCCUACACUCAGGCCUACCUCCCGCUCUCUCUCUACUUCCUGCUGUACCACCUGGUGGGCAGCAGUUUCUUUCUGAUCACCUCCGGCUGGCUCCUCUCCGUCGCGAAGGAAGAGGUCCUCGACAAAGUGGCUGCGGGAUUGGGCCUCGGAUCGGGAGUGGUGCAUUUCCUCCACGGCCUGUACACGUUCGUCACCGUCUUCGACCAGCCCAUAGCGAAAAGCGCCGGAGGACAGUGAAUUCGGUCCUGCAGACCCAGGUUCCUUCCGGUGUCGCGCGGUGCUACAAAUUGUAAAACUGUUAAUUUCAAUAAUGAAACGAUAAUUUAUUCUCUCGAGAAUUUCUCGGUUAUUGAUGAACGGGUUACAAUGUCUUCUGACGUGGCAUCCGCGUUCGUGCAUUAAAAAUAGUAGCG